AUGUGUAGUUUGGACAAGAGCUUUGUGCUGCUCUCUGUGACAAUUGGGAUCAGCUUGUUAUUCAGCAAUGUGAUUGGGAAGAAAGCGAAUUGUCCUUCUCGGUGUAGCUGUACCAGAGAUACCAUCAUGUGUGUUGGAACUUCAUCUGUCCCAAGAAUUACUGCCGGCGAUAUAACGUCCCUGAGUUUGGUAAAUGGAAGUUACCACGAAAUAAGAGAAGGAAUGUUUUCAAGCUUGCCGUUUUUGCAACUUUUGCUGCUGAAUUCAGAUUCAGUUACAAUGAUAAAAGAUGACGCCUUUGCUGAUCUUCCACAUCUUGAGUAUUUAUUUAUUGAAAACAACAAAAUUGAGUCCAUAUCAAGACAUGCCUUUCGAGGACUCAAAGAUUUGAUCCAUCUUUCUUUGGCCAACAACGGGAUCAAAUCUUUACCAAGGGAUGUCUUCCUUGACUUGGACUCCUUGACUGAACUGGAUUUGCGUGGAAAUGAGUUUCAAUGUGACUGUAAAACAAAAUGGAUGACCUCUUGGUUGAAGAUCAUCAAUGCCACUGUGAAUGACAUUUUCUGCGCUGGCCCUCGAAAUCAUGAGGGAAAGAAGCUAACUGACCUGACAAACUCUGAGUUUGACUGCCUGUCAACAGAAUUUGUACUGCACCAGAGUUUACCUUAUGAGUCUGUAUCUGUGAACACGUUCUCUUUCAAGAAUGAUGUUUACGUAGCAAUCGCGCAACCAAACGUCGGAAACUGCAGCGUGUUAGAGUGGGACCAUAUUGAGAUGAGUUUCAGAAGUUAUGACAAUAUUACUGGUCAGUCCAUAAUUGGAUGUACACCAAUAACAAUUGAACAACAAGUCUUUGUUGUAAUUGCACAACUUUUUGGUGACUCUGCUAUUUAUAAACAUAAUGAGAGCUGGACUAAAUUUGUGAAAUUUCAAGGAAUCGAAGGUUCUAAAAUUUCAAAACCGAACGACAUUGAGGUAUUCCAAAUUGACAAUGAGUGGUUCUUUAUUAUUGUGGAUAGUUCCAAAGCUGGGUUGUCAACAAUAUAUAAAUGGACUGGCAAAGGAUUCUAUUCCUACCAGACUCUGCACAAGUGGUUUAGAGACAUAGACUCUGAAUACGUCAGUAUAAAUGGGAAGUCUUGUUUAAUUUUAACAAGUCGAUCACAAAACCCAGUGAUCUAUGAAUGGAACAAAAAUACAAAGCAGUUUGUGCAGCAAAGUGUUUUGCAACAUAUGGAGGAUGUAAUAGCUGUGAAGAGUUUCAAAAUUAAAAAUGACCUGUUCAUUUCUCUGACAAGAUUUAUUGGAGAUUCUAAAAUAAUGAAAUGGAAUACAAAGCAGUUUGUUGAAAUGCAGGAUCUUCCUUCACGAGGAUCGAUGCUUCUGCAACCAUUUUCAUUCAAGGACUGGCACUAUCUGGUUGUAGCAAGUGACUACACUUUCUCUGAGAUUUAUAUUUGGGACAGUCAAAAAAAGGGCUUUACAAAAUUUGAACAAAUCUAUGUCCAGGCUCCCAGGUCUUUCACUGCCGUAUCCACAGAUCGAAGCGAUUUUUUAUUUGCUGCAAGUUUUAAAGGAAGUACUCAAAUUUUUGAGCAUGCAAUUAUUGAUUUGAGUCUGUAACUUA